AUGGACAACUCCUGCCUCCUUGACCUCCUCAUCAGGUGCUUCGCCAUGACCGAGCCCGAGGACCUCAACUUCACGGCAUUCACCGACCUAUGUCGGUUGUGCUCCCUGAAGAGCGGGCCCAGACUCCAUAUCUUCGAUAAGGAGUCGGAACAACGGCAGAUCCUGUUCAAGCUCAGGACCUGUCUGCCCACUAUGAUAUCGAAGGACGACUUCUUGCCGAAGAAGAUAUGCGAGCGCUGCGUGACUCGACUGGAACAGCUUUACGAGUGGCGACAGAGCUGCCUCAGCACCGACUCUGUGCUCAGGAACUACGCUGAGUCCAUGAAGAUCGUCACUUCUACUAUCAACUUUCAGGUUUUUCACGCCGGUUUUUUUGUGAAGUCGUGGUCACUUAGUCGAGCCGACCUAUUCGUGCCGAUGCAUGGCUCUCCCACACACAGUACGGUAGAUAUUUCCCGCUACAAGCAGGGAGAUGCAGCGUGGGACGCCCCCACAGCUAGACAACCUGGUGAAGGUCGUGGGGAGCGCAUCGCCCUUGAACCGAAUCAUAACAUAGACCUCUUCCUCUUUCCAUGGAAAAUUCUGUGGGAGAUAUAA